AUGUCGCUCUCUGCACUCCGGCCGGUCCGACUUUCGCCUGAGCUCGUGCCGCAGCUGCCUGCCAGGCAUGUGCCACGAAGUGGCCCACACCAGGUCCUUGGGGAGACAUCCAGCGCAAGGUCGCGCGCAGGCACCUGCCUGCUCUUCCUCGCGGCCGCUGCCGCGAGCCGACGGCAAAGAGGCCUCAGGCGUCUGACGGCACGCCAGGCAACUGUUCAGGAUCAGUGGUUCGCCCGGCAGGCUGAGCAGAGGACUGCCUCCUCAGGAGAGCUUGCAGAGCGCGGCCUGGCUCUCUUGGACUCCGUGGAGGCCCCGGCGCGGACCCAGGAAGCCUUCCGCUACACAGAUUUGGAGGCGCUCCUCUACGGAUUGCCAGAGGAUUCCAGCGAUCCUCCUGAGGUGGACUUGGAAGCAAGCCUGGUUCCGAUGCUGGAGGACGACGAGGCAUAUCGGCUGGUGUUCGUGGAUGGUGAGCUGCAGUCAGGCCUGAGCCGCCUGCCCAGCAGCGAGGGGACCUUCCUGGGUGGGCUGGAAGACCUGCACGGGUCGGGUGGGGACACGAAGAGCCGGUUUGACGGCUUGCUGCAGCAGUUGCCAGAGGUGGACCUCUUCGAAGCCAACCCGAGAGACAGGCUGGGCUGCGCCAAGCUCGCGGCGCUGAAUCAGGCUAUCUUCAAGGAUGCUGCCUGUGUGGCGCUGCACGAGGCGGGAGUUGCCCCAGCACCGGAGAUGCAUCUGGACAUCGUGUUUGCCACGACGGGCGCGUGCGGCACCGCCCCACGAAUUGUGCUGGAUGUCGGAAGUGGGCAGAAGCUGAAGGUCCUGGAGACUCAUCUCAGCCUCUCAGAGUCUGACGAAGCGCUCUCCAACGGCCUCUGCCGCGUAGUCGCGGGAGAGGGUGCGGAGGUGGACCACGAGGUGCUCCAGCAGAAGGCUCCCAAAGCCCGCUGGGUGCAAUCUGUGAUGGCGGAGGUGGCCGAGGGCGCAUCGUACCGCCUCCGAUCGGUGCAGAGCGGCGCCCGGGCCGCGCGGCUGAAUGCCGCAGUGGCCCUGGGCGGGGAAAAGUCGUUUGGAGAGCUCACCGCCGUCAUGCUCGCCGACGAGAAGCAACAGCUGGACCUGCACUCCCUGAUCCACCACUCCGUGCCAUCCUGCAGGAGCAAGCAGCAGCACAAGAACCUCGUGGGCGGAUCUGCAGAGUGUAUCUUCAAAGGCACCAUCCGCGUGGAUGCCGAGGCGCAGCAGACGGAGAGCUCGCAGCUCGUUCGGUCACUUCUGCUGACAAAGAAAUCGAAGGUCAAGGCUAUGCCAUCGCUCCAGAUCCAGGCAGAUGACGUGACCUGCUCCCAUGGAGCUGCUCUCACGCAGCUGGACAAGGAUGAGCUCUUCUACCUGGCUUCACGUGGCCUGGACGGGCGCGACGCACGGAGGUUGAUGCUCACCGGUUUUCCCACCGAUCUCCUGGACGGCCUCAAGGACCUGGCACCCAAAGCCCAUCAGCGAGUCCUCGACAAGCUUGCCUCCAUGGCCGAGACCAGUGACCGCGAGAACCUGUAG